UCUGGCCUGGAUCAAUUCCUCUUUCAGUUCAAUUCUCAACAGGCAAAGCCCUCUCUCUCUCUCUCUCUCUGUGAAAGACCCCCCUGGAUCUGCAAUAAUGUAGGCUCCAUCUCCCCGGCCUACUGGUGCCUUGAAUUCAUCCCCACUACACCUACUCAAUUCUCGUCCGACUGGCUGGCUUGCUUGCUUGCUUUUCCUUGCAAUCAAUCUCAAACAAAACAAAACAAUGGUAUCAUCCACUUCCCAGAAGGACAGAUCCCAUCUCUGCUCCAAGCUAAGCAAGCUCACCAUCCCUGAAUUCUCAUCUUCUCCCGAACAACCCGACUUCGAUUUCUCCGAAGUCUUCGGCCACCCAGCUGCUGCAGCUUCUUCUUCCUCGCCAUCUUCCUCAUCCUCUCCUCUCAACAACAACAAUCCCCAAAUCAUCCACAACCGCUCCCACUCCUUCGUCGGCCCCUCCCCCCGCUUCGCCCCCGCCUCCCUUCCUUUCAAGCUCUUCCACGACCCGGAACUCGACGAAGAAGAUGAAGGAGGCGAAGAAGAUGGAAUCCGGGGGAAAAGGGGGGAGGAGGCGGCGGCGCGGAAGAUUGGGCCGGGGGAGUUUGAGAUUUUGAGGGUUGUGGGAAAGGGGGCUUUUGGGAAGGUGUUUCAGGUGAGGAUGAAGAUGGAAAGAGACGAUGAUGGGAUUGGUGAUGGGGAUGGGAUUUUUGCUAUGAAGGUGAUGAGGAAGGAGACUAUUAUCAAGAACAACCAUGUGAAUUACAUGAUAGCCGAGAGGGAUAUACUCACCAAGGUUGUGCACCCCUUUAUUGUGCAGCUUCGCUAUUCUUUUCAGACUAGAUCAAAGCUGUACUUGAUCCUGGAUUUUCUAAAUGGAGGACAUCUAUUCUUCCAUUUAUACCGACAAGGGGUCUUCAGUGAGGAUCAGGCAAGGCUUUAUACUGCUGAGAUUGUAUCUGCUGUUUCACACCUUCACAAGUGCGGAAUCGUGCAUCGGGAUCUCAAGCCUGAAAACAUUCUUAUGGAUGCUGAUGGGCAUGUUAUGCUAACUGAUUUUGGACUGGCAAAGGAAAUCGAUCAAUCAAGCAGAUCAAAUUCAAUGUGUGGUACUACUGAGUACAUGGCCCCUGAGAUCCUGCUCUCUAAAGGCCACAACAAAGAUGCUGAUUGGUGGAGUGUUGGAAUACUCUUGUUUGAAAUGCUAACUGGGCAGCCCCCUUUCACCCAUGCAAAUAGAAAGAAGCUCCAGGAGAAGAUCAUCAAGGAGAGGGUCAAGCUUCCACCACGCCUGACCAGUGAAGCCCAUUCCUUGCUCAAAGGACUACUGCAAAAGGAACCAUCAAGAAGGCUGGGCCGUGGACCUAAGGGAGCAGAUGAGAUCAAGAAUCACAAAUGGUUUCGAUCCAUCAAUUGGAAGAAAUUGGAUGCCAGAGAAUUGGAGCCCAAGUUCAAGCCCCAUGUCAAUGGAAAAGAUUGCACAGCCAAUUUUGACAAGUGCUGGACGGCCAUGCCUCCAGACGACUCGCCCGCUGCCACACCCACAGCAGGCGAGUGUUUCCAAGGGUACACGUACGUGGCCCCUAAUCCUUGGCUUCAUCGGUCAUCAUGAAUUGUAAGUUUCACCUCAAGUUAGCAAUCCAGCUUGUGGAUUUAGCCACUUUCAGUUUAUUCUGUUUUAUUUUUUUUUUUUUCCUUUUUUUUUCCCUACAAACAAGGACGCGUGAAUAAAUAAAAUUGUAACCAUAUUCAACCCUUGUGUACACACACACACUUCACUUGUCAGCCUCCCUGACCAUGUAAGUUCUCAUUUUAGCUCAACUUCAGCUAUUAGAAGUUCUGUACUCUUGACAUUAGAGUGUUAUGCGGAGUGAAUUUGUUUUCAAUACUCUUGGCUUUGUCAUGAGCCAUUAAUUUUAACAUUUCAA